UAUUUUCAUAUGUUAUGAUUUUGGGAUUGCUUAAUGACGUACAAAGUAAUUCUUAUAUAUCAAAGAAUAUAAAUUCCGAACAUGAUAUGAUAAAUAUCCCAAUGACUAUUCAAUUUAGGAAUUGCAAAACUUUGAUUGAUAAUUUUUCAAUCUUAAAAGAAGAUAUAAUUAAAUAUGAUGAUGAUUUGAGAAAAGAUCAUUCAAAAUGUAGAGCGACUUUGAUUAUUGAUUCUUCCUUUUUAAACAUAGGAUCCAAAAAAAUCUUAUUAUGUUCAAUUGAAAUAUGUUCAAUUAAAAUUGAUGAUAGUAAAGUUAAAAAUAGAGUUAUUCGUGAAAUAGGUGAUAUGGAAUCAAGUGCAAGAUUAAAUGUUAAUACUCAAGAUGGAGAUAUCAAUUAUUCAAAUCCUAGAUUCCCAUUAUAUUUCCCAAUCAAAUAUAGAUCUUUUAUCAAGACAGGGGUCAUGAAAAAGGCUGAUCUUAAUCCAUUAGCACUAUAUGUAUCGAGAGGAAAAAAGAGGGAUUUUAUAAUACUUCAAAGAGAUGAUAAUAUGAUGGACGAUAUGACUGAUAAAAGGGUACCGCCGCAAGGUUUCUGGGGAAGCAGAGGAUAACAAAUUUUAUUAUAACCCUUUCAAAUGGCUUAUUAAUUUUAUCACUUUUGUAAUUCUCGGAAGAAUUUUAUAUCAUAUUAGCAUUCGCAUUAUCUUUAUAUUUAUAUAAGAAUACUUUAUUUUUUAAUAUUUAUAUAAAUCAUUUGUAAACAAAUACCAAAUUUUAGAUAAUUUUAUGUCAAUUUUGGAUAUAUUAUAUCGUAAUGCCCUGGUUUAUAUAAUAAAUAAAUUUGGG